GUUCUUCUUUCUUGCUCGUGAUGAGCUUCUUGCUCCAAUCUGACACCUCUUGUAGGAGGGCGCCCUUGAGGCGCUCGUUGAACGGUAGCUUUCUCUGAGCGCGCGCUCUCUCUCUUCUUGUUCUCGGCGAUUUCUAGAUUUCCUAACUAAACAAGAAUUUUUUGUCAAGCUCAACAGUCUGAAUCCACAGCGUGUUGAGAAAUUCUAGUUCUGAGCGCUCUGGUUAGAAAUGGGAUAUUGCGAUCGAUGAGCUCGAUUUAUUCUAUUUCGGGCAUUUUCCGAUCAAACCCAGACUGGCCGUCCGAUCAAACCAUCCAGGCCGUCCACUCAAACCAUCAAAAAAUUCAGGCUAAACAUAAAUUAUUAAUUUGACUUCAUCCAGGCCGUCCGAUUACCGCCAGGCCAAGGGAGCCCUAAACCUUUGUCAAUGGCUUGUUGUACAGCGGGUGGGCUGCGCCUCCUCGCGCAUUCUUCCUCCCCUUCUUCUCCCGGCGAUUCACCAGCUAGGCUCUCCUGCAAGGCGGUGGAGCAGCGGCAUUCCACUGCCUUGGCGGCAAAGAAUCGAGCACCGGCAGCUCCAAAUCCGCUGGUUCUGGAAGCGCAGGGGCGCGUGUGCACGGGGCAGACGCAGACGCGGCCGCUGGGCGAGGAUCAAGCCUUCAAGGUGCUGCAAACGAUCGCUCGAUCAGCCAGGGAAGAGAUUCCCGACGAUGAGCGCGUCUCGGGAGCGCAGCUGGGGGCGUUCUUCGCCGCGAUGGCGAUCCGAUCGGCCUCGUUUCCUCGCGACACGCAGUGGAGCGAGGGAGAGCGCAAGGCCAUGCGGCAGUUUUGGCCGCAGCUCGUCCAGGUCUUGCCCCCCGACGUGCUCUUCGUGGCCGAUCCCGACGGUACUCUGAUGGAGGAUGUGCUACACUCUGGCUUGAGCUUUGUCGGCCGAGGCCCCGUGGAGAUGCGCCUCGUUGGUGCUCUCCGGGAGAUGCUACGCGGCGACCAUCUUGGCUUUGAAGAGAUCGUCGGCAUCUUGAGAGACUUGCUCCCACUUGGGGAAGAUGGCGAUGGAUCGAAAGUCAGUGAUGUGUUGGUGGCAGCGUUCUUGAUUGCUCUGCGAAUGAAUGGGGAGACAGACCGGGAGCUCAAAGCGUUUUGCAUGGCAUUCGACGACGAGCUUGGCGAGCUUCCUGUUGCGAACGUGAGCUCUUUGACUCACUAUGGCGAGCCGUAUGAUGGGAAUACCAGGUUCUUCCGGAGCACCCUGUUCGUGGCCGCCGUGCGAGCGAGCUAUGGUGAGUGUUGUCUGCUCCAUGGUGUCGAUCGCAUGCCUCCUAAGUGGGGAGUGACGGAAGAACAGAUGCUCAACAAGUUGGGCGCUGCUACAACGCUGUCCCCUGCAGAAGCCGCAAGUCUUCUUGAGGAUGUUGGUUUUGCUUACGUUAGUCAACGAGAAGCACGAAAGUCCUUGUAUUCUCUUCUGGCCAUUAGGGAGCACAUAAAAAAGAGACCAACCGUGGCCACCACUGAGAAGGUCCAGCGGUACGUGAAGGCAUCUGGCCGGGAAGCAAUUGUCACAGGUUUUUAUCACCAGGGAUACGAAGAACCUUUGUUGAUGCUUAUGCGCAGGAGAGGAGUUGAUGCUGGUCUUAUAGUAAAAGGUGAAGAAGGGGCAUUGUCUUUGACGACAAAAUCACCAUCUCCUGAUGCCACCAUCAGAGGUCAUCCAUUGAACUUUUGUGCUGGAUUUCGUCCACCAAGCUCUACCUCCAACGUUACUGCACAAAACAUUGAUGGUAUACUUCGUGAAACUUUCAGCAAAACUCUAAACGCUACAGACUUUCACUUUGAAUCAACACUGACACCCAGACUGGAAAGGCCGAGGCAGCUAGAGAACAACAUUGAGCACGGCUUGACAGCUCUGAGGGGUGUCAAAGGCGCGGCUUACGAUCGCAUUGUCUUCAACGCUGCCAUGGUAGACAACCUUCUGGGAUGCAGCGGAGUCAGCGACCCAUUCGCCGCGAUCGAGAGAGCGAGAGAAGCGAUUGAUAGCGGCAAAGCUCUCAAGCUCCUCAUGCGCUACGUCUCGUCUAGUAGUAAGUGUGUUUCCACUUCAUCUCGAAGGAUUCCAGAGCAUUAAGCUAGAUUGGAACUUUAACUAUUAUUCCCCUAUUAUAAUAAUAAUAAUAAUAAUAAUAAUAAUAAUAAAGUAUAUUA